CAGACACCAACCUUGUCGUUUGUCCACGUGGCAUCCACUGACGAUGUGCUUCACGCUCCGCUUGCCUUCCUUCUCUCUCUCUCUCCUCCCUCUUUCCCUGCACUUCCACCCCUCACACUCUCUCACUUCAAAUUCCCAAGUCCCAACCCCUCGGAAUCCCCCCAUCUCUCCCCUCUCUCUCUGUUUUCCCUCCGAAUAUUUCAAACUUCCGAUUUCUCCAUUCUUGUGCUCCUUUCAACUCGCCCACCCCACAGGUCCGGAAGAGGGGGAAAAAAAAGGACACACACAAGAAAAAACCGGUCCCCACCAUGCUCUGCUCGGCUCCGGCCGCCAAGUCCGGUUCGAACUGGCUCGACCGGCUCCGUUCCAUCAAGGGCAUUCCUACCGGCGACGGCCUCGACCUCGACUCUUUCCUCUCCAACCACUGUAACUCCAAUUCCGACCCCGCUCUCUUUCCGCCGAAGCGGGACCGCAAUCGGGCUCGGGGCCCCGAGUCUUCUACGCCCGACGCUGACCCACCUUCAAUGGGGAGCGUCCUUGCACAGCUCUUCAACAUGGGGAGUAGCCUCAGUCAAAGUUACAAACUUUCCGGCAAGAAGUGCCCUAGGAAGCAGACAAACCCCAAAUCUUUCAUCGCUUCUUCUGUGAGUAAUAGUAGAAUAAUCGACUGUGCGCGAAAGGACGAGAAAAAUGUCCCCUGUACGAACUCUUCUUCCAAUAACCUUGAGCUGGAAAGGAACCAAGAGAACAUAGCUGGUUGGGAUGUAGAGGAGGAGGAGGAAGGCAAGGAUAAAGAUAGUGGGGGGAACGAAUUGAAGGGGUUUUCGAAGAGUGAGGUUACAGUGGUUGAUACGAGUUGCCCAGAAUGGAAGGUUGAUAGGCUUGUGUUUAGAAAGAACAAUGUGUGGAAAGUCCGAGAUAGGAAAGGCAAGUCCAAGGUUUUUGGGAAGAAAAAGAGGAAAGGGAGUUUUGGGCUUGAUAAGGAACUCAGGCUUUUAGAUUGUCAAUUUCGGUCCCCCUUGAAAACAGAUAGGGAAGAGUUUCGAACGCUAUCUACCCAAGGACAGAAUACUGAGAAGAAUAUGAAAGAUGUUGGUAUAGACACAGCCCAGGAUGAUCCAAAGCCUCCUCCCAAAAAGAGGUUCCAAUUUUCUAAGUCGCCUGCAACAUCAAGAAAGGGAAACAAAUCUGUUCGUCUGAUAUAAACAACUCCUACAUAAAACAACACAAACAACAGUUUCAAAUCUUAAUAAAGCGACGGACAGCAAAGAAAUAAUUCGAAGCCCUCAUUGGUCAUUUACUUGUGAUUCUGAAUUCUCAUUUGGCUGCUGCUCAUGAUGGUAUUGUUGGUCCUUCGUUGUCAUUUUAGUCACAAAACAUUUAUUUAUGUAAAGCUCUUUUAUUCUUCUUGAAUUGCAAACUUCUUCUCAGCAAUAUAUCUGCAGAUUUCAAGUUAUUUCCU